AUGGCUGCUGAACCUGUCUCCAAUGGCUCGGGUGCCAACAACAAAAAGGUUGCCUACUUCUACGACUCAGACGUGGGCAAUUAUGCCUACGUCUCAGGUCACCCCAUGAAGCCUCAUCGCAUUCGCAUGACCCACAGCUUGGUUAUGAACUAUGGGCUUUACAAGAAAAUGGAAAUUUAUCGUGCGAAGCCGGCUUCGAAGUACGAAAUGACCCAAUUCCACACCGACGAGUACAUCGACUUCCUCUCCAAGGUGACACCCGACAAUAUGGAUCAGUAUUCCAAGGAACAAAGUCGCUAUAACGUUGGUGAUGACUGUCCUGUCUUUGACGGUUUGUUUGAAUUCUGUGGUAUCAGUGCUGGAGGCAGCAUGGAAGGUGCGGCUCGUUUAAAUCGUGGCAAAUGCGAUGUCGCUGUCAAUUGGGCCGGUGGACUUCACCAUGCCAAAAAGAGCGAAGCGAGCGGAUUCUGCUACGUGAAUGAUAUCGUCCUCGGCAUUCUUGAACUACUCCGGUUCAAGCAGCGGGUUCUCUACGUGGAUAUCGAUGUCCAUCACGGCGACGGUGUAGAAGAAGCCUUCUACACUACGGAUCGUGUCAUGACGGUAUCCUUCCACAAGUACGGCGAGUAUUUCCCCGGUACUGGUGAGCUUCGCGAUAUCGGCGUUGGCUCAGGGAAAUACUACGCCGUGAACUUCCCUCUCCGUGACGGUAUUAAUGAUGCCUCCUACAAGAGCAUUUUUGAGCCUGUCAUCAAGAGUGUCAUGGAGUGGUAUCGUCCGGAGGCCGUCGUCCUUCAGUGCGGUGGUGACAGUCUGUCUGGUGACCGUCUUGGCUGCUUCAACCUGAGUAUGCGGGGCCACGCCAACUGCGUCAACUUUAUCAAAAGCUUUGAUCUGCCAACCCUGAUCCUCGGCGGUGGCGGCUACACCAUGAGAAACGUCGCGCGCACUUGGGCCUACGAGACAGGUAUACUCGUUGGUGACAAUCUCACCUCCGAAUUGCCCUACAAUGACUACUACGAGUACUUUGCCCCGGAUUACGAGCUUGAUGUCCGCCCUUCGAACAUGGAUAACGCAAACACGAAAGAUUACCUGGACAAGAUUCGUAACCAGGUUGUUGAGAAUCUGAAGCGCACAGCUUUCGCUCCUUCCGUCCAAAUGACAGACGUCCCUCGUAAUCCAAUGCUUGAUGGCAUGGAUGACGAGGCCGAUGACGUUCUCGAUGACCUGGACGAGGAUGAGAACAAGGAUAAGCGCUUCACUCAGCGUCGCUUCGACCAGUAUGUCGAAAAGCCUGGCGAGCUCAGCGAAAGUGAGGAUGAGGAAGAAAAUGCUGCCAACGGUGUUCGUCGCCAGCCCGGUGCGGUUCGUCGUCGAAACCAGGCCAACUAUCGGAACAUCGACGCGGCCGAUUCUGGGCUCGACAGCGGCAUGGCGACUCCCUUAGAAGCAUCCUCAAUCGCUGACAAUGAGGCGGAGGGUGCCCUCGACACGAAGUUGGCAGAGAUUCCGCUUGCAGAAUCAGGCGCCGCAGCUUUUGCUGAUGGCGAGGAUACGCCCAUGGCAGAUUCCGAGCAGAUGGCUGUGGAUGCAGAGGGCAAAAUCAAUUCUGCAGCGGUCUCACAGCAGCCCUCACCUUCCGCGCGUGAUGAGGACACGGCCAUGGAAGAUGUCGAGACGGCCGUUGCAGAGCCGGAGGUGGCACAGCCCCUUGCCACGGAAGAAAAGAAGCCAGAGGCGUCACCUCCCGCUGAGGAGUCGGCUAAGAGCCCGGCUUCUCCCGCUGGGGCUCGGUCCGUAUCGAAAGAAUCAUCUCCGCCAGCAGUAGAAGCCUCUGCCCCAGUUGACGAGUCUAUGAAGACGGAAACUGCAAAUGGCGAAACUACUGCGGAACCGACCAAGAAGGAGGAGUGA